UGACUGAGAGGUGAAAUGGCGCAGAAAGGAGUUCAGCUGGACCAAGAAACUUUCUCUUGUUCCAUCUGUCUGGAUCUACUGAAGGAUCCGGUGACUACUACAUGUGGACACAGCUACUGUAUGAAGUGUAUUAAAACACACUGGGAUGAAGAGGAUAGAAAGGGAAUCUACAGCUGCCCUGAGUGCAGACAGAGGUUCACUCCGAGGCCUGUCCUGCUGAAAAACACCAUGUUAGCAGUUUUAGUGGAUGAGAUGAAGAAGACUGACGUCCCAGCUGCUCCUGCUGAUCUCUGCUAUGCUGGACCUGGAGAUGUGGCCUGUGAUGUCUGCACUGGGAGAAAACUGAAAGCCCUCAAGUCCUGUCUGCAGUGUCUGACCUCUUACUGUGAGAAACACCUCCAGCGUCAUUAUGAUGUAGCUCCGUUAUCCAAACACAAGCUGGUGGAGCCCUCCAAGAAGCUCCAGGAGAACGUCUGCUCUCAGCACGAUGAGGUGAUGAAGAUUUACUGCCGUACAGAUCGGCAGUCUAUAUGUUAUCUCUGCACAAUGGAUGAACAUAAAGGCCACGACACGGUCUCAGCUGCAGCAGAACGGACAGAGAAGCAGAAAGAGCUGGAGGUGAGUCGACUCAACAUCCAGCAGAGAAUCCAGGACAGAGAGAAAGAUGUGAAGCUGCUUCAACAGGAGGUGCAGAACAUCAAUCGCUCUGCUGAUAAAACAGUGGAGGACAGUGAGAAGAUGUUCACCGAGCUGAUCCGUCUCAUGCAGAAAAGAAGCUCUGAGGUGAAGCGGCAGGUCAGAUCCCAGCAGGAAACUGAAGUGAGUCGAGUCAAAGAGGUGGAAGAGAAGCUGCAGCAGGAGAUCAGAGAGCUGAAGAGGAAAGACGCUGAACUGAAGAAGCUCUCAAACACAGAGGACCACAACCAGUUUCUCCACAGCUACCCCUCACUGUCAGUACUCAGUGAGUCCACAUCCAGCAUCCAGAUCCGUCCUCUGCGCUACUUUGACCACGUGACAGCGGCCGUGUCACGAGUCAGAGACAAACUGCAGGACGUCCUGAGAGACAAAUGGACAGACGUCUCACUGACUGAAGUGGAUGUUUUACUGUCAGAUUCACCAGCAGAGCCCACGACCAGAGCUGGAUUCUUAAAAUAUUCAUGUGACAUCACACUGGAUCCAAACACAGCAAACACACAGCUGUUAUUAUCUGAGGGGAACAGAAAAGCAAGAUUCAUGAGAAACCAACAGUCCUAUCCAAGUCACCCAGACAGAUUCACUCUAUGGUCUCAGGUCCUGAGUAGAGAGAGUCUGACUGGACGAUGUUACUGGGAGGUGGAGUGGAGAGGGGCUGGAGUUGAUGUAGCAGCUUCAUACAUGAACAUCAGCAGAGGGUCGUAUGACUCUUUAUUUGGAAGCAGUGACAAGUCUUGGGCAUUUAGAUGUAACAUCAACAAAUAUACAUUUUGUUUCAACGAUAUCCAAACUCCCGUCUCAGGUCCUCAGUCCUCCAGAUUCGGAGUGUACCUGGAUCACAGAGCAGGUAUUCUGUCCUUCUACAGCGUCUCUGAAACCAUGACCCUCCUCCACAGAGUCCAGACCACGUUCACUCAGCCGCUCUAUGCUGGACUUCGGCUUGCUUACAAAGUAGGAGACACUGCUGAUUUCUGUAAACUCAAAUAACCAAAGUCAAGAAAGGAACAGCAGGUAAAAAAGUGUUUUAACUCUUACAGCUCCCAUAUUGUUCACCUUUGUUGUGUUUUAUAACAACACACAUUUGUAGUUUUUG